UGGUAAUGCCUUAAGACAUGCUGUACAGAGAGCUUUAAAAAUCAUUAACGUUACACCACAGAUAUGCAGUACAAUCUGCACUAGUUUUGCUAUCCAAUAUAUUUUGUUUCUGUCUUAUUGGUCUUUGUUUUAGGAAAGCAAUGAGUGGAGCCGAUUCCAACAGAGGCUCAUGGAAGGGUGGGAAUAGAGGAUGGAGAGGAGGAGGAGGAGGUGGUGGUGGAUGGAGAGGAAGAGGAGGAGGAGGAGGAGGCGGGGGCGGGGGUGGUGGAUGGAAAGGAGGCGGGGGAGGAUGGAGAGGUGGACGGGGAGGGUGGAGAGGUGGAGGGGGAGGAUGGAGGAGUAGACCAUGGAGAGGAGGAUCAGCUGGAGGAGGCGGAGGUUCAGGAGGAGGGUGGAGAGGUGGAGGAAGCAGAGGAGAAUCAGGAUCCACACAGGGCACACAGAGAGUCCUUUGUCAGACUACUCUGGACAUGUUGUGUCCGUACAAAGGGUGGACACUGUAUUUUACAGAAGGUUUCAUAGAGAGCUCACCUAGUGUAGAGAAGAUCAAAGUGUUUGAGAAGUAUUUCACUUCCAGGAUUCACCUGUACGACAAGGAUGAGAUUGAGCGCCAGGGCAGUGUCCUUGUGGAUUAUGCAGAUUUAACUGGAGACAGAACUGUGUGUGGUUCACUUCCUAACAUUAUCACUGAACUGAGGGAACAGCCAGAGGUGAUGCUCAACUGUUUGGGAGUGGCCAUUCACCAGGUGUUGACUGUAGAUUUGGAGAAACAAGCUGCUGAGCUGCAAGAGGAAGAGCUCCCUGUCGCCACACCAAUCAUCAAUUUUCCUCAUAUUAGUGCGAGGUUGUAUAACUACGAGCCUUUGACCCCGCUGAGGACGUUGCGUGCCAGUGUGUUCGGGCGGCUGGUUUGCAUCAAGGGAACAGUGGUCAGAGUGAGCAAUAUCAGACCGCAAUGUACCAGGAUGGCCUUCAGGUGCCAGACCUGCUCGCACGUACUGUCUCUGCCACUGCAGCAUGGGAAAUACACCACACCUACCAAGUGUAUUCAAGCUGGAUGUCGCAGUCGCUCAUUCAUUCCCAUUCCCAGUUCCCCUCUUACACACACUGUAGACUGGCAGAUCAUCAAGGUGCAGGAGUUGAUGGGCGGAGAGCAGAGGGAGACCGGACGAAUCCCACGCACUGUGGAGUGUCACCUGACCUCUGACCUCUGUGACAGCUGCGUUCCUGGAGAUACUGUUACUGUGACUGGGAUAGUUAGAGUCAUCAACGACGGUACCUCCAGAGGAAAUAAGGAUCAGUGUAUGUUUCUCCUCUACAUUGAAGCCACUUCAGUCAGCAACACCAAAGGCCAUCAGUCCAAGUUGGGAGGUCAAGGGUCAAGAGGGUCUGUUGAAGAUCGGUCGGGAGGGGAGGAGUUCAGUCUGAAGGAGCUGUACGCCAUCCAAGAGAUCCAGUCACAGCCUGACCUCCUGCGACUUAUAGUACACUCAUUGUGUCCUGUCAUCUACGGCCAUCUGCUGGUGAAAGCUGCCCUUGCGUUGGCGUUGUUUGGAGGCCAACAGAAACGCACUGACAAGAACAGCGUCCCAGUGAGGGGAGACCCACACAUCCUGAUAGUGGGAGACCCCGGACUGGGAAAGAGUCAGAUGUUACAGGCAGUGUGUAAUGUGGCUCCGAGGGGAAUCUAUGUUUGUGGUAAUAGCACCAGCACCACAGGACUAACGGUGAGUUUAUCCCGAGACGGAGGAACAGGGGAUUAUGCUCUGGAAGCCGGCGCCUUGGUGCUGUCUGACCAAGGCUUGUGUUGCAUCGAUGAGUUUGAUAAGCUGGGUCACCAGCAGCAGGCUCUGUUAGAAGCCAUGGAGCAGCAGUCUGUCAGUCUGGCUAAGGCUGGUAUAGUUUCCUCUCUGCCUACCAGAACGUCAGUUGUGGCUGCCGCAAACCCCAUCGGAGGACAUUACAACAGAGGAAAGACUGUCUCUGAAAAUCUAAAAAUGGGCUCUGCUCUCCUCUCUCGCUUUGAUGUGGUCUUCCUCCUCCUCGACAUCCCAGAUGAGUCAAAUGACCGCCGUCUGUCAGAGCACGUCAUGGCCAACAGGGCAGGAAGAGGCAGUACCAGCAGCGCCAUAGUAACCAGGACUAAUAGUGAAUUAGAAACAUCUAUUCUACUACAGCACUCAUCCAUGCCGCUGUCCGAACGCUUACAGAUCGCUGCAGGAGAAACUGUGGACCCCAUUCCAGCAUGCUUGUUAAGGAAAUACGUCAGCUACGCUCGUCAGUAUGUUCAUCCCUCGCUCUCUCCCGAAGCAGCACAAACACUUCAGGACUUCUAUCUGUCACUGAGGUCUCAGGCACACUCUGCUGAUUCCACGCCCAUCACCACACGACAGCUGGAGUCUUUAAUUAGACUAACUGAGGCAAGAGCCAAGUUGGAACUUAGAGAAACAGCGACUAAGAGUGAUGCUGAGGAUGUGGUGGAUAUCAUGAAACACAGUCUGGCUGACACAUAUUCAGAUGGUCUGGGCAAUCUGGACUUUGAGCGGUCUCAGCUUGGUUCUGGCAUGAGUCAGCGCAGUGCUGCAAAGCGACUGGUCAACGCACUGCACUUGCACGCUCAGAGGACGAGUCAGAAACAGUUUGACAUUCAGACGCUUCGAUCUGUGGCUGACAGACAGAACAUCAAGGUGAUGGAUUUUGAAGGUCUCUUGAGUUCCCUGAAUGAACAAGGAUUCCUGCUGAAGAAAGGCCCCAAGCUGUACCAGCUGCAGACAGUCUAACAACUCAUUUCAGAAUACACAGACUUCACAACAAGGUCAGCGUACAGGAUGAAGUGACCACUUAACUCUGUAAAAUAAACAAAAAAUGGAUGGUAAUCCAAUGAUACAGCACUUCUAUCACCACAGUGUCUACCUUUGAAGAAGCUACAGUGACCACAACAGACAAAGAUAGGGCAGGUCAUCAAACUUCUGACAUCUCAUUGUGAGCAUCUCUGCAGAUUGUUACAUCUGCCACAAACUUCCUGAAGAGGUACAGACUCCCUGCAAAAAAGAGGAAUUGACCUCAAGAAUAUGUCAUUUAGUGCCUUACUUCUACAACAAUCAUAUAUAUAUAACAAAAUAUAUAUGUCACAAUUUAAAACAAUAUCUUGGUUGACAUUGGUUCACCAGAUAAACACAUACACAUAAUGUUUGUCUUGUUUUUGUAUACAUAACAUAUUUUGUUUUACAUGGCUAAGUAUUGUUUGAGUGGCAGUAUGAUGAUAUUUAAAUGGAUGUACAUGUAUAGUAUUUGACUUUAUUAAAGCUUUCUAAUUUUUUUGUUUCAUCUAUUGUUUCUUAAUAGUAUCGUAUAUUGUGCACUUUAUUAUUAUUAAUGUUCAGUUAAUAAAUCAUUUUAUUUUCCUGAAAA